AUGUUCAAUGAUGAAGAGGAAGAAAUUCUCAAAGAAUUGAAAAGCCAGUGGGUGAGUCAUGUGGGACGUAUAUCAGUAUGGAGAAAUGGCGAUUUCCAUAAAACAAAACAUUUGAUUUUGACAUUUGUGUUUCCAAAACUGCGAGAAUACAUUAAAGCAGGCUAUAUGCGUCUUCCAGUAAGACCGUAUAUCCCCAGUUCACUGCGUUGUUUCAAAUGCCAACGUUUUGGGCAUUCUAAAACUUCUUGCCGCGGGAGACUGACCUGCGCCCGUUGUGCAGAUGUCGGUCAUGACAGUUCGCAGUGCAACUCUGUCGAAAAGUGUGUAAACUGUAAAGGUGCACACACCUCGUAUUCUAGGAAUUGCCCAACGUGGUUGCUUGAAAAAGAAGUAAUAAGUACAAAAAUAAAAAAUCAGAUAUCUUUCACCGAAGCUCGGAAACUUGUGAAAUCCCAAACCCCUACAGGCACUAGCUAUGCUUCCAAAGCUCAGACAAAAGCUAAGCAGUCAAAAUCUUUUAAUAUAUUGAAUGAUUCUUUGGCUUUAGUAAAAUCAGCUGCAAUUCCCGACAUACAAUCUAAUUCUAAUUCAACUAAACUAAGUAUUACUCAGAAUGAAAGUGUGUCAGUUCGGGCCUGUGAUGUUGCGUCAGCUUCACAGGAUUCGGCUGAUUUUCAGUUAGUAACAAAGAAAAAGAAAUAUAAAAAAUCUCUGAAGACCGCAGUUGAAAACCAAAAGGAAUCAAUGUCAGAAAAAUCCAAAUUUUGGGUAACCUCGCCUAUGCAGGUUCCGACUUCUGCUACUAUGGAAGUAAACAAAUCUGCAUCAACGCAUGUGGCAAAUCACUCCAAAGCUGUACAUAAAACUGAUUAUUCACCAGCUUCUACGAUUUCUGAGCAUAUUUCGAUAGCCGCUAAUUGUAAUAACAAAAGUGACAAUGAUAUCGGGUCGUCUGUGGCUGAGGACGCUAUUGACUAUGACCCAAAUGAAACUAUUGAGGAAACUUCCCCUGUUAUUGAUCUGCAAGAACAACCAACAGUAAUAUUUAAAACCCCUACAUCAACUGAUAAUCUUACUUUCAAAGAAAAAUUAAAAAACAGCCCAUUUCAUUGGGUUAAUUUUAAAACAUUUCAUCCUAAGACAGUUAGUACCACUGUCCAUGACAAGUACUCAAAGAAAUAUCGUGUCAAAAGGCUGUAA